AUGAGGAUUUUUGUGGCUUUUGAAGGGUCUUUUGAGGCAUUUGAUGUUUCAGCACAUGAAUCUGUGGAAGCCAUCAAACAGAUGGUAAAGGAUUACUUCCACAUUCCUCUUUCUGAAGACCGACAAGGCAGGUGGUAUCUAGAGCUGAUGUAUGCUGGAGCUACCCUAAGGAACAGCUGGAGUCUGUCAGAUGUCGGAAUAUCUUUCUGCUCAACUCUCAAAUGCUUCCUUAAGAAAGAAGACAAGCCUACCCUUUAUGUAUUUAAUGCUGUGACCCAGGAAAUGAUGCCAAUAAUGGAGAAUGUGUCCAUUCUGGGUAAAAAGGUGUCUGACCUGAGAACGCUGGUAACUCUGAGAUGUGGCUUCCCUGUGAGCAUCUACUGUCUCCGGACACCAAAGGGACUGGAGAUGUAUGACUGCAACACCCUCAGGGACUACCACACUGAUAUCGGCACAACACUUCGGUUGGAUGUCUGGGAUGGAUGGAAGGAAUUUCUCAUGGGAUGUCUUCUUGGGCAAAAAUCUAAAGUCCAACGAUACUUAUCGAAAGAAGGACCAGUGCUCAAGUACCAGAAAAGAGUAGCCCUGUACAUCGCUGCUUUUCAUGGACACACUGAACUCACUGAAUGGACUCUGAAGCAGGGCGUGCAGCCCCACGAGGCGGUUGGUGUUCACCCUUAUCGAGCCUGGUGCCACGAAGCCCUUCACACAGAUGUCUCUAAUUGCCCUAUUCACGCAGCUGCAGAGGCUGGCCAACUGUUAAUUCUGAAGGCCUUUGUCAACUGCAAUGUCCUGUGCCUGGAAUGUAAAAAUGCAGCAGGGCAAACUCCCCUGGCCAUUGCAGCAAAACACCAGCAUAAAGACUGUGUCUUAUACCUACUGAGUAAAAUGUGCUCCACAGUUUCUUUUCUAAAACUUUCAGUCCCAAUGAGGAUUUAUAUUAAAAUAAAGCAGUGGAUCGUCAGAGCUCAGAAUCACAGGGGCCAUAAAAGCCAGCUUGGCAGAGCAAGGGUCUCUGGGGCAAAAGUUGGAGACACUGUGGUGGUGGAUGGUUUCACUAAACCAAAAAUGACUUCCAAGAGCUGGCACAAGGUUGGAGACAAGAGCUGGCAAAGCACUCGGAGUAAACCACCACUUUCCAAGCAACAGUCAAACAGGAAACAUGUGGAUUCUUCAGUAAUUUCACAAAGGGACACGAGAAAACAAAUCACAUUCCCAUCCUUAGUACCAAACAUGUCCUCAGAACUACAAAGCCACCAAAAAGAAAACCAGCGAAAUAAAACUGCGCCUGCUGGGAGAAAAGAAAAGCACAUUAAAAAUGUCUAUCUCCCCCAGGUCCCGCUCCCUCCAGUUUCAAGAGUAGAUUAUUCCCACCCAGUGUUCCAGGGCAAUGCACCUGGAGCUGACUGCUUGCUGAGGUCCUUCUUCACAUCUUUCUCAGAGCACAGUGGGAGGACUCCAAGGGAGAAUGCCAUCUACUGCUUAGCGGUGGCAAGUGCCUUUAAAGAGAAGCCAUGGCUUCAGCAAUUAAGAAUAGCAAAAGUCCUGGCCAAAAAGAGUGUUCUAACCUGA